AUGAGUGACGAUCUAACAGCAGCUGUAGUACCUGAUAUUUCAAAUAAACAUAAAAAUACAUUAGCUGAUGAAACUGGUGAUUCAUCAGAAUCAAUUGAACAACCUCCAUUAAAAAAAAGUAUAUCAAAUGUACCAAUAACACUUAAUAUACGUUAUAAAACACAAACAUUUUCUGUUCAAUGUGAUUUAUAUGAUACAUUAAAAGAUCUCAAAGAUAAACUUGAUAAAUUAACAAAUAUUGAUCCUCAAGUACAAAAAUUAAUUAAUAAAUCAAUAACAAGUGCUAAACAUAAUGAUGCAACAACAACAUUAAAAGAUUUAAAUAUAAAUGAUGGUCAAACAUUAUUAUUAAUUGGUGCAACACGUACAGAAAUUUUUUCAGCUUCGGAAUUAAAAAAUAAUGCAAGUGGAAAUAAGAAUUCUAUGGAAGAUUAUACACUAGGAACAAAUAAAAAAGAACCUCUAUGUAAACAAACAAAACAUGAAAAAGUAAUCAAAAUUGGUAAACCAGAGAAUGCUCAAAUUGGUAUUACAAAUAGACAUGAUCCAUUACCACCAUCGAUUGAUGGUUUAUAUAUGUCAAUGUUAAAUCAAACAGCUAAAAAAGCACGAUUAACAUUUAAACUUGAAAUGGAUGAAUUAUGGAUUAAUACAGCGGAAACAACAAAAAGAAUACCUAUGUCACAGAUUCGUAAUAUUAUUGAUGAAUCAAUUGAAGGUCAUGAAGGUUAUUCAAUAGUUGGUUUUCAAACGGGUACAACUGAAAAUUCUAUCAUAUGGAUUUAUUGGUGUCCAUCACAAUAUGUUAAAUCAAUUCGUCGAGAAGUUCUCUCGGAUAAUUAA